AUGUCAACAUAUUUGGUUGUAAAAUGGCAAACAAAUAUUUAUAUUUUGAUACUUUCUAUUGCUGCAGGUAUAUCUCAUGCCGCUAAAUCGAAGCGGGGUGAAUUAUCGGUAGAAAUCGGACGACAUUUUCCAUGUUCUUCUAAUUCAGGUACGCUAGCAUAUAGUUGUUAA